AUGGUUGUGAACACUUUCAUUCCUCAUAUCGCGAAAUUCGCCAGGUUUUCACUUGGCAGAUUUACAAAUCGUUGGGCCAAUGAGGAAGAAUUGAAUAAACCUUCAAUUCUGAAAGACAACAAGAUGCCCAAGGACGUACCGGCACAGUGGAAUGUUUUGAGAUGGCAAUAUCAAAGCGAACUAUUGAUGGAGAUCAAAAGUAUGGAUAUGGAGAGAGCAAGACAACAGCACGCGCAGGGAGGGAUGACUUUGGAGAUGGUGGAGAAGGUGGAGAAGGUGAAAAUGACGAUGGGCGAUAAUCACCUUUGGAUGUGCCCUGUGUGA